UCUAGAAUCGAUUAAUCAAGUGUAAAUUGACAAGAGUUUGGGACUUAUUGCAUAAAUUUCCCAAACAUAAGAAACGAGUUUGUUAUUUGUUUUGUUUUUGUUUUUCUCCCUUUCCCCGAAAUACGUUUCAGUGGACACAGACAUAUAUAGAGAGAGACGGAACAGAGAUCCAUAGCCAUUGAAGAAGAAGAAGAAGAAGAUUGAAUUCGACAAAUCGCAGAAAUGCAUGUGAUAAAUGCAGUGAUGGCGACUUGGUUUCUAACUCGGAACCCGGUCCUGCAAUCGGAGGCCAUACCAUUCGGAUCGAUAUGGUGGUUCGUCUACGCCGGAAUUUCUUGCUUUUUGGUCCUCUUCGCCGGAAUCAUGUCCGGCCUAACCCUGGGCCUCAUGUCCCUCGGCCUCGUCGAGCUCGAGAUUCUCCAGCGCAGCGGAACUCCAUCGGAGAAGAAACAAGCAGCCGCGAUUCUUCCGGUGGUUCAGAAGCAGCAUCAGCUUCUGGUGACGUUGCUUCUGUGCAAUGCUGCCGCCAUGGAAGCUCUUCCUAUAUACUUGGACAAAUUGUUCAAUCAGUACGUGGCUAUUAUUCUCUCUGUCACUUUUGUUCUGUUUUUUGGAGAGGUUAUUCCGCAAUCUAUAUGCACAAGAUAUGGACUUGCUGUUGGUGCCAACUUUGUUUGUCUUGUGCGGGUUUUGAUGAUAAUUUGCUACCCAAUUGCUUAUCCAAUUGGAAAGAUUCUGGAUUGGGUACUGGGACAUAAUGAAGCUUUGUUCAGGCGAGCUCAGUUGAAAGUUCUUGUCUCCAUACACGGCCAGGAGGCCGGCAAGGGAGGUGAACUUACACAUGACGAGACGACCAUUAUUAGUGGAGCCCUGGAUUUAACUGAAAAAACAGCUGAGGAGGCUAUGACACCUAUUGAGUCAACCUUUUCCCUAGACGUGAAUUCAAAGUUGGACUGGGAAGCAAUGGGAAAAAUUCUUGCUCGGGGUCAUAGUCGAGUUCCUGUCUAUUCUGGGAACCCAAAGAACGUUAUUGGGCUUCUUCUGGUAAAAAGUCUUCUUACCGUACGACCUGAAACAGAGACUCCAGUCAGUGCCGUUUCUAUUCGGAGAAUACCGCGAGUUCCUGCAGAUAUGCCACUGUAUGAUAUACUGAAUGAGUUUCAGAAGGGCAGCAGUCACAUGGCAGCUGUGGUAAAGACUAAAGGGAAAAGCAAGGCUCUUCCAGCAAUUGAGGGAGAGAAAGCUGAAGACGAAAACAAAGCUACUAGUGGGGAGUCUCAACUCACUACUCCUUUGCUAACCAAGCAGGAUGAGAAGGCAGACAGUGUCGUUGUUGACAUUGACAGAGCUUCAAAGCCUAGUAGUUUGAAGAGAGAACCUUCCUUUCCACGUAACGAUGCAUCGGCCAAUGGUUUGCCCCGUUUGUCGGAGGACAUUGAAGAUGGCGAGGUCAUUGGUAUCAUUACCCUGGAAGAUGUGUUUGAGGAACUUCUGCAGGAAGAAAUUGUGGACGAAACGGAUGAAUUUGUCGAUGUCCAUAAAAGAAUACGCGUGGCUGCAGCUGCAGCUGCUUCAUCAAUGGCACGGGCUCCAUCAAUUCGGAGGUUAACAGCCCAAAAGGGACCUGGUGGCCAAACUAAGCAAGGACAUACCCCGAAGAAAUCGUCUGAGGACGUUUUGAACUCCGCAAAGUUGCAAGGGACAUCCACUGAACCUCUUCUUGGGAAGAUGGAUAAUUAGGCGACACACUUAUAUUUAGGAUACCCAGAUUCUUGUCCUAUGAUGUAAAGGAAAGUCGCUCAUUUCUAUUAGAGAAAGAGAGAGAACUGCGUUCAAUCUAAUGUUGUUUUGAUGAGCUAUGAUGUAUGGUUUCCUUGUAUUUUAAACUCUGUAUUGGUUAGAUAAGUAUGUUUUGGUUUGAGCGAAAAACACUAGCAAAAAUGUUCUGCUUAGGGGGCAUAUGAAAUCCCCAAGAGGAGUCCUUUAUUAAAAAAAAAAAAAAAAAAAAGAGGGAGUCUUGUAAUAUUGGGUUGUGAAUAAUCUUUGUUUUCAAAGAUUUUGCAGUAUUAGGAUAAUUAUUGUACGAGUCCUUCUGGAACAGUUAAAUCAAGUAGCUAAGAAUCAACUUGGAAAUUUCCUAUUUCAUCAAUUCGCAAUUUGAUGAUAUAAAGCUCCAAAAUAAUGGUUGAGCUUUUUUUGUUUUGCUUUUUUUCCCCAUGGAUUUCCGUAGCAGAGAGAGAGAGAGAGAGCUGAGAUGUGCCACUUUUUUGGAAUAGCUGAGAUGUGCCUCUUUUUGGAAUUGAAGCCAAGUAUAGCA